CGGUUCGUAUAAGGAUAGUUAGUACAUUUCAUAUAAAUAUUGUUAAAUAUUGUAUCGUGUGUAAUAUAGUAACGAUUUGUUCUACGUGAUAUAUAAUAAUAGGAUUGUGAAAAUUCUUAAUGACGUUCUAUUUCGCCAUAUUACUUUUACGGUUAUAUCGUUCAACAUUGCUGUUGUUUAUUUUGUAAGAUCGAUGUUAAUGAUGAUUUGACAGCAACAACUUAGUGUAAAGUAAUAAAAGUGCAAUUAUUAAACAACAGCAAUAUUAGUAUCAUAGGAAAUUUCCAAUACUAUAUGUUCACUAUUACUUAUCUACAUAUAAUCCAACAUUUCUUGAGAUAUCCAGUAUAUACAUCGAUUUGAUUCUGUGACCAAUUUUUAUGUUUAAAAUGAAUAUUCGGCUGUAUGGAGUAGUUGGAGCCAUCAUAAUAUUUUUGAUUGCCAUUCUUGGCAUAGGCUUGAUCGUAAAACUUUUUGUUUCUUUGCUUGUUUUAAUCAUAGGAACAAUGGUCUGUAUAAAUAGAAUAUCUACUCUCAGCGAUAAUAAUGCUCUAAUAUCAGAGCGGGAGGAUAUAAACAAAAAGACUUAUCAAUUUCGGCAGUAUAUUUUUAAUUUAUCCAAGGAAAAGAUUACUUUUACAUUAGAUAGAAGAAUUACUGGUAGCCGUAUUAUCGAUGAAUCUCUGCAAGAAAUUUUAGACUUUAUCAUCAGGGAUUAUGUGCAAAGUUGGUACAGCUCUAUUACAGACGAUAAAGAAUUUCUCUAUUCAGUUCGCAAUAAUGCUCAAAAAAUUGCCAUCAAUAUAGCAAAUCGGGUAAAAGCUGUUAACUGGAUACCAUAUUUAACUACACGUCUUGUUGAUGAUGCUGCUUCACACAUGAGAUUGUAUCGUCAAGCCCAAGUAAGAAUAAAAGAACUUAGAACGCAGAAAUUAUAUAAGGGCAGUGCUAGUUCUAGUACUUCAGGUGGAACACCAAAAAGAAUGCCCACGCAUCGACGGAAUAAAAGUGAAACUGAUAUAUCUUGGUAUACUCAGUCAAAAUUUUAUGUUCCUAAUUUAUCAUCUCUCAUUGAACCUAUUGAACUUGGAGACCAAAAUGAGGAGGAAUCUUUAGAAAAAAUAUUCUUUGAUCUUGAAGUGCAAAUGGAAAAUAAUUUGAUAUGUAGAGAUGUCGUAUGCACAAACAAAGCUCAAGAACGAGAAUUAUUAUGUGAAAUAUCAGAAGGUCUCUUACAUUUAAUAUUGCCAAAGGAAGAUUAUGAUUGUUUAACUGUUAGAUAUUUUUUGAAAGAAUUAUUAGCAAAUGCCAUAAUUAGACCAUUACUGAAUCUAUUCUCUGAUCCUGAUUAUAUUAAUCAGGCAUUUAUAUGGCUGUGUAAUAAAGAAAGUGGAUUGCCAAGUGAUAUCUUUUUGACAGUAAUUAGAAUAACUGAUAAUUUGGAAGAACUAGUGGCAACAAAAAAUAUUAUUUCUAAGGAAAUAGCACAUCUAUGUUCAAAAGAUUUAACUGGGGAUGAUGAUUUGUCAGCAAAGCAACGAUUAAAUAGUUUACUUUAUUUUGCAACAAUUUUGGAGACAAGAAUUGUUGGAAUGCAAGAGGGUUUAGAAUCAGAGGGAGAUGGAAUUGGUACUCAACCAGACUGGAAUAGAUUAAUUGUUCCUGGGCAAAAAUUAGUUAAUUUGCCUUUAGAUGAAUUGUUGAAGAACAAUAUUGCACUUAGUUAUUUUAUUGAUUAUAUGACUUCUAUAAAUGCUGAGGCAUAUCUGUACUUUUAUUUAAAUAUAUAUGGUUGGAGAGUAUCAGCAGAGCAACAAAUAGCAGAUAUUCAUUUACAAAAAUUACAGACUGGUCCUUCAACCUCGAGUAUCGUUAAUACUAAACGUAAAAAUGUAGAUCUAGAAAAUUUAAAAGAGGCUGCUUUAAAAAUUUAUCAACAGUAUUUGAGUGAUAAAGCAUCAUCAAAGUUGCAGUUAGAUGAUUUAUUAGUAAAAAGUUUAAUAAUAAAAAUAAAAACUGAAACUGUUAAGGAAGUAUGGUUUGAUGAUCUCUUAGUUUGUUGCUAUGAAAAGUUACAAAAUGAGGAUAGAUUUUUACCUAGUUUUAAAAAAUCACUUGCAUAUGUUAAACUUCUUGCUGAACUAGAUUUGCUGAAAGAUCCAAUCUCUGAGGAUGAUACAAAAUCUUUAAAAAGUAUAAAUUUAACUAGUGUUAAUGAUGAAUUAAAUACUUUGCAUAAUUUAACAGAAAGUUGUACUAACAGUGAAGCAAAUAUAACAACAAGAAAAGAAAGCAAACUAAAAUCAAAUUCUUCAUUAAAUUUGAUAGAUACUGUUGAGUCAAGUGAAUCUAAAUCAUGCAGUGAUAUUGAAAAAAAAUCUUUAAAUAAUACAAAAGAUACGAAAAAUAUUCAAAAGCUAUCAAGUAUAGAUUUGGAUGAAAUUAAUGAAGGAAAAGAUGUAGCUUUUUAUUUAGAUUCAAACAUAGAUCAAUGUAUCACAUUAGAUGAACAAAACUGUGACUUAAGUGUAAUUAAAAAGCUCCAAGAAGGUCGUUUUGAAAUUACUGCAAAGAUAAUUGAAACUGGUAUCGUUAAUGAUCGUGGCAAAACGUACGGUAUAUAUGCUGUGGCUGUUACCAAAUGUUAUGAUUCAGGUUAUCAAGAAAAAUGGCACAUUUAUAGAAGAUAUUCUGAUUUCUAUGAUUUGUAUCAAAAAAUAAAAGAAAAAUAUUAUGACUUGGCCAAAAUUCCAUUUCCUGCUAAGAAAGCCUUUCAUAAUAUGGAGAGGACUGUAUUGGAAAAAAGAAUGCUAAUGUUGAAUGCUUGGUUACAUCAACUAACAAAACCAACAGUUGUUGAUGGCCACAUGGGUUUACAAAAUCUCUUAUUAGCAUUUUUGGAACAAGGAGAUUAUGAUAAAGGAGUUACUGGAGGUCAAAUCUCACGAACGUUAGAUAAUUUAAUGAAUCCUCUAAAAACAUCCAUGAAGAACGUAACGCAAGCUGUAAAGACUAUGCCAGAUAAUAUGUUGAGUACAGUAGAUGGUGUUAUGGAUAAUAUAAGUAAAUUUUUUGGCAAUCCAAAAAAAAGUACUGUUUUUUAUGAGCAUGCUAAAGUUGGUGCUAGCCUGGAUGUAGAAACUAGUGAUAAUAUUCCAUUAAGGAUAAUGUUACUACUAAUGGAUGAAAUUUUCGAUUUAAAAGUAAGAAAUCAGUGGUUAAGACGAAGAAUUAUUACGUUAUUAAGACAAAUUAUUCGUACGAUGUUUGGUGAUAUUGUGAAUAGAAGAAUAAUAGAAUAUGUUUCAUUAAUGACUAGUCCCACAAAAGUUGCAGGAUAUUUACGAUUCAUUAAGAAUAGUUUAUGGCCCAAUGGUAUUAAAGCUGAAAGUAAACUUACUCGAGAUUCAGAAACAAAAAAUAGAACUCGAGUAGUAGCCAAAGUAGCAUUGCUCUCUUGUUUUUCAGAUGAUUUGAAGCAUAUCAUAGGUAGUGAAACAACAAGACAUGGACUCCUAAGGGUGUUUGAAUUAUUUCAACAACCUGUAUUAAAUAGAAGAUUAUUAUAUGUAUUACUUGAAGGGAUUUUAGAAACUUUAUUUCCAAAAAACAACAUAGGAGAUAUAUUUAAGAAAGUUUACUCUACGUCUUCUCGUUUGAAAGAUAAAAUUAAAACGUAACAGAUGAGCGAACGAACCAGUUUGAUUAUGAAAUAAUACAAUCCAGACGCAAUUGUGUCUAAUUUCGAUUCGAUACAAACGUCUUGCAUUACCAGAUAAUGAACUCUAAAUAAAAUAAAAUAAAGUUACACUUUAUAGAAUGAAUUCUCAAUAACGAUCUAAUAUAUUUAUAUCAGCUACGAUAUAUUGGCGAUGACCAAUUAAACAUUUAAGAUAGAUAUAUUGAAAUAUAUGUUAUGAUUUGUAUAAGUUAACAAUAUUACGAUAUAUUGAUUUAUAUAAUUUGUUUUCUUUGUUUUCUUUUUUUUCUUUAUGUUUGAUUUAUAUUUGUAUUUAGUAAGUAUUUCGGAAUUUAAUAAUCUAUAUUACUAUUAGAUUAUAACAUAAAUAAAUUCGAUUUUAAGUAUAAACAUAAAGUGAAUAUAACCGAACUUAUUUAUGUUACGACCUAAUAUAAUAUGAAAUUAUCUAAAUAAUAAUAUUGUAGCAGCUAUUGUUUAAUCUAAGAGGGAUCAAAGUAAGAAUCGGAUAAUCUUACAAUUUUGGUAAUAUACAUAUUUAAUAGGAAGUAAGUACUUGUAAACUUAUGGCCAAGAAAAUAUUAUAUAUGAGUUGGUGCCGUCUGAACAGAUCUUUAUUGGAUUAUUAUUUUUGACGGUAUGAUGUAAACGUAAUAAGAAUAACACAAACAUUCCAUUUGCAUUUUAAUAUACUUAUGGUUAUAUAACAAUCGUUUUCUUACAAAUAAUCAUAAGAUAAAAAUAUGUGUAACUGUCCAUUCAAACUUUCAUGAUAUAUGCAGUAUGUGAUUAUAAAAAAUAAUUUAUAUAUAGAUAUUUAUUAAAUUCAUUACUUUAUAAGAAUACCAGAGUGUGUGUGCCAUUAAGAUAGCAGCAAUAAUUUUAUUUGUUAAGCAAAUUACAUGGUCUUCGAAAUGGUCUUUAAAAAAAUUUACAAAAAAAAAAAAACAAGCAUAGCAUAUAUUUAAAGACUUAUAUAUAAUUUCUGUACAAAUCGUUGUAUAUUAAUGUUAUAUGUAAUUUCUCAUAUGUAUAUACAAUAAUUUUUAUUGCAUCAAAGAGCUAUGUUUAAAACAUUUUACUUAUUAAAUGAAUUGUUUAUAAUUUAUAAAUGUUUUAUUUAUGAUAUUUACGAAAUUCUGCAAAGGUAUAUAAAAUAUAUUAAAUAUU